GGGUCUGGAGCUUCUCUCCCGGCGUACCCCGGGCGCGAGAGGAAGCGGGUCGCGCCGAGCAUUGUGGGAAGGGGCUCUUGAGAGUCGGUGCCUGUGUUACGAGUCUAGUGUCGUCGCCGCCGUCUGCGGACCGGGAGUAGCCGGGGGCUGGUGACAACGCGGGGCACGUUGGCACUGAGGCUAGAAGCGGCCUGAGGCCCUGGGUGAGGGCAUCCUGAAGGGGAGGAGGGAGGAGCACGUAUGUUGACGGAGAUCAUAAUGACUUCAGCAAGCAAAGCAGUUGAGUUGCAGUUACAGAUGAAGCAUAAUGCUGAGGAACUACAAGACUUUGUGAAGGAUUUAGAAAGCUGGGAAAAAGACAUUAAACAAAUGGAUUUGGAAUUGAGAAAUCAAAAUGGUGUUUCAGGAGAGAACUUAUUUCCUGUUCGAAAUAAAAAUUUUAAGAAAAAGAAGAAAAACAAAACAAAAGUGCCUUCUGAAAAAACCACAGAAGAAAACAAAAAAAAUAGGAUAAAAUCCUAUGAUUAUGAAGCAUGGGGAAAACUUGAUGUGGACACAAUACUGGAAGAGCUUGAUAAAGAAGAUAGUACUCAUGAUUCAGUAUCAGCAGAAUCAGAAUCAGAAGAAGAUGGAAUUCAUAUAGAUUCACAAAAGGCUCUUGCUGAGAAAGAAAAGGGAAAUAAAUACUUUAAACAAGGAAAAUAUGAUGAAGCAAUUGACUGUUACACAAAAGGCAUGGCUGCAGAUCCAUAUAAUCCAGUUUUACCAACAAACAGAGCAUCAGCUUUCUUUAGAAUGAAAAAAUUUGCUGUUGCUGAGUCUGAUUGUAAUUUGGCAAUUGCAUUGAAUAGAAAUUAUACAAAGGCUUAUCUUAGAAGAGGUGCUGCUCGUUUUGCACUCCAGAAGUUAGAGGAUGCCAAAGAAGAUUAUGAAAAAGUAUUAGAACUGGAACCAAAUAACUUUGAAGCUAAAAGUGAACUCAAGAAAAUCGAUCAGGCACUGAUAUCCAAAGAAGGUUCUCAGCUAAAGGAAAUUGACGCAGUGAUUGAAGUAACUGAAGAAGAAAAAAAACAACUUAAAGAACAGCAGUGUAGGCAACAGGCCAUUAGAGAAAAAGACUUGGGAAAUGGAUUUUUCAAAGAAGGGAAGUAUGAGCAAGCAAUUGAAUGUUAUACUAGAGGUAUAGCAGCAGAUGGCACCAAUGCUCUUCUUCCAGCGAAUAGGGCUAUGGCCUAUCUAAAGAUUCAAAAAUAUGAAGAGGCUGAAAAAGACUGUACACAAGCAAUACUGUUAGAUGGUUCGUAUUUGAAGGCAUUUGCCAGAAGAGGUACUGCAAGAACAGCUCUGGGAAAAUUAAAUGAAGCCAAAGAAGACUUCACAACAGUUUUAAAUCUUGAACCAGGAAAUAAGCAAGCAGUAAGUGAACUUUCCAGGAUUAAAAAAGAACUAAUUGAAAAAGGACUAUGGGCUGAUGUGUUUGAUAAAUCAACCAAAAGGCAAAACUUGGUAAAACCAAUUGAUAAACCACUUCAUCUUAGAUCAAAUAAACCAUUGAAGACAGUCAUCAUUGAAGAAAUUGGUAACUUGGUGCAAAAUAUUGAUUUGCCAGCAACAAAUACCAUUUCCGUGUUAGAGACCAAUUGUAUUAAUCCAACAAAUGUUACGAAAGCAUCAGCUAUUAUAAGCAAAAAGAAUUCAAGCCAAGAUGAUGUUUUGCCUACAAGUGAUACUCCAAGAGCAAAAGUAUCAAAAAUAGAAGAAAUCCCAGAUACUCCAGCCCUACAAUCUCAUAAUAGUAUAAAAGUGGAUUCAUCAACUAUACAGCAGUCUACUGUACAUCAGUCUUUCAGUAUGAAAAAUUCCACUGAAAUAGAAAAAAUAUCUGUUCCAUUUAUUACAACUGUUCUUCCACCAAUACCUGCAAACUCAUUUCAGCUUGAAUCUGAUUUCAGAAAGCUGAAAAAUUCUCCAGAUAUGUUAUAUCAAUAUUUAAAGCAAAUUGAACCUUCUCUGUAUCCUAAGCUGUUUCAAAAAUCUUUAGAGCCAGAUGUAUUCAACCAGAUUUUGAAAAUUCUGCAUGAUUUUUACAUCGACAAAGAAAAACCAUCACUUAUUCUUGAAAUUUUGCAAAGACUAUCUGAACUAAAAAGAUUUGAUAUGGCAGUAAUGUUUAUGUCUGAAUCAGAAAAAAAGGUUACAUGUGCUUUGUUUAAUCACAUGGAAAAGUCGGGAUUGAAGGAUAAUUCUGUUGAAGAACUCAAGAAAAGAUAUAGUAGUUGAUUUUUUAUUUUUUUAUGAAAUUAUUGUCCUCUUGUUUUCAUAAGUAAAAUUUUGUUUUUCCUACUGAAGAUAAAGUAUUAUAUAGGUCUCCUGCUGAAGGCUAUGAAGUUCUAUAGAAUAAUAUCUUUAGAUAUGUUAGUCAAUUGAAUAGGAUAGUGAUUUGCACUACUGUGGUGUAAUGUACUAUUUAUAAAUCUCUUGUGAAAAUAAAAUACAAAUAAUUUGAAAACAAAUCAGUGUUUUAUUAUAGAACUUGACAUAUUAAACUAAUACAAAUUGUCCACCUCCAAUAAGCACAGCAUCUCUUAUUUACCUCUUUAUAUUUUCUCCAUUCAGAUUUUCAUACUCACUUAAAAUAGUAAAAUAUAAAAUAUGAAUUUUUUUGUAACAUAAAAGAAUAAGCUGUCCAAGGCCUCUGAUAGCAUAGGAUUCAAACCCAUCAAGAGUCACUGAGUUAUGUAUAGUGCUUAAUUUAUAAAUAUAUAAAAGACCUUCAGGAGUGAUUAUAGGCAAAAUGAAGGUUUUCAUUAUUUUUCCUUCUAUUUUCUCAUCAGGCCUACCAAAGAAUGGCAGAUGACCAAGAAAAACAAUCUGUGAAUAUCUGUUUACUUAGACUGUAAAGGACUUGUUCAUAUAGGACAAGGGAUUCUCUGCUAUAUACCCUAGCACAUUGGGCACUCAGUAAAGAAAAAACAACAACCAGAAAUGAUGAAUAAAUAAAAACCAGUACUUAGCUCACCAGUCUGUAUUUUUGAAGAGUAACCAAGCUUUAUUUCAGUUCAGUUCUGAUCAGAUCCACAACAGUUCCAAGUGCUUGGCAUGGGAGAGUUUGAGGAGUGAAUAUAAAUUGUUGGGUCUGUGACUAGAUGGAAACUUAUAAGCAGCCCUGGAGGGGCACUGGGCCUGGGAUAAGUGUUGAGGAAAAAUGUGUGGAGAUGAUUCCUAGGAUAAUGUUUGCUGAUAAUGAUGUUUGACUUGUUACAAUAAAUCUGCAGUUACACAAACUGAUGCAAAGUAAAGUGAGCAGAACCAGGAGAAUAGUGUAUACCAGUGAUAAUUGAAUUGUACAAUGAUCCAAGACAAUUCUGAAGAACUUACUAUGAUAAAUGAUAUCCACCUCCAGAGAAAGAACUGAUGGAGGGGGAAUUCAGAUCAGAGCAUACUUUCACUUUAUUUUCUAAAUGGGUUUUAUUGUUUUGACUUGUGUUGUCUUCCAUAACAUGACCAAUAUGGAAUGUGUUUUGCAUGAUAUCACAUAUAUAAUCUGUAGCAAAUUGCUUAUCAUCUCAGGAUGGGGAGAGAAAAAGGGAAAGAAUUUGGGACUCAAAAUUUUAGAAAAGUAAUGUUAAUUGGGGAAAAAAUAUUGAAAGAUAAAGCAAUUUGAAAAUGAGGGGGGUAAAGAAUAUUUUAUUUUGUUAAAAUUUACAUUCAAUUUCCUUCAUGAUGGCUAGAUAAUUUGGGAUAAUGGUUUCUUUCCCUGUUGAGUUUCCACGUGCUUUUAAAUUUUAAUUGCUAUUAUAUUUACUACAAAUACUAAUAAGGCACAUAAAGUACAUAUUUAGCUUUGAAAAUAAUGACAUGAUGAACUAAUUUCGAUUUUCAGAAAGAAAUUCUUUUAAAAAUUCACUUGCAGAAUUCUGGUUACAAAAUUGAUUGUAAGGAAGGACCUUUGUCUAAGCAAGAGGGCAUUAGUGGAUAAUUGGAAAAUGUUAAUGAUGCAAGAAAAAAGGCAUCAAUGAAGCAUUUUUUAAAUGCAUAGAAUCGGAGCAGAAGGGAAUGUGGACAAGCCAGAUCAUUUUGUUAGGUUGAAUUCUACUUCAAAACAUGCAAUAAGUUCAGUUUUGCAGUCUUCUUUUCUGUUCUUUGUAUGUUGAAAUGUUUUUGCCACUUAAAUUCAUAAUAAAAAGUUUUAAAGGC